AUGCCUGUCCAAUAUGAUUAUACCUCGGACGACUCGGACUUCUCCGAGACCGAUUUGUCCAUCCGUGGCCGUCACGGCGGCACCCACAUCCGCCGCCGCUCUGUAUCCCGCCACGCACAGCGCCGCCCCGAACCAAAGGAGUACCUAGCGCCCGCACCGAUGACUCGCGUCUACCGCUCUGCCUCAACAGGCGGACGCCGCCCCCGCGAGCGCGACUCCUCCGUGCCUGCCGUCAUGAUCGUGAACGAGCAGGCAACCCGCACGGACAGCCGAACUGAAGCCCGCAACGCCAAUAGCAAUAAGCCCCGGCACCGUGUGCAGCAAAAGUUCUACGAGCAUGAGUCCGACGAGGAGCUGGACGUGGAGCCUGCGCGGCGGGGUGGCUCACGGCGACGGCAACGGGAGCGCGAGGCUGGCAUCUCGGCCAACGUGAAUGUUACUGCGGAGGUGCCGCAGGCACAGGGACGGACGCCAUCGCCUUUCCACCGUGAUUAUGAGCUUGCUAUGAACCAGCGUUUACUGGAGCGCAGCGAUAUGCAACACAGUAUGGAGAUCUGGAAGCAGCAGCAGGAGAUUGAGCGGCUGGAGCGUCAUCUUGAGAAGCAUCGUGAGAAGCCUGAGCCGCCGCGAGACACCCGUGAGCACAGGAUGCUCCGGGAAGAGGAGGAGUGGUAUGAGGAUGAGAUUAGUGAGCGUUUGCGUCGCCUAGAGCGCAUUGAGCGCAAACAGAAGGAGGAGGAGACAGCACACAAGGCGGAGAAGGCAUGGCGAUUGAGAAAGCUGGAGGACCAUGAAAGGGAGGAGGAGACGGCGCGAAAUGCGGAGAAGGCGUGGCGGUUGAGGAGACUGGAGGAGACCGAGAAGGAUGAGGAGGCGGCGCGGAAGGCCGAGAAGGCGUGGCGGAUAAGACAACUUGAGGAGGCCGAGAAGGCUGCUGCUGAGCAGAAGGAGUUGCGGGAAAAAUUGAAGAAGGAGAAACUUGAGGAGAUUGCGCGGCAGCAGGAAGAGGAGGAAGAAAAAGAAAAGAUUAAGAAGCAGAUCCUUGAGGAGGAGCGCCAGAAGGCUUUCGAGGCUGAGGAGAAGAGGAAGAAGGAGAUGAUGCUUAAGGCUGCUGCUGUCGAGGAAUGGAAAUUAGAGCAGGAGCGUCAGAAGCAACGAGCGGCCGAGGAGGCUGCGAAGAAAGAUCGUGAAUUCCGAGAGCGACUACGUCACGAUCUUGGUUACGAUGAGGAGGAGAUUGCGCAUAUCCUGAGCAAGAAGAAGCGAGAUCAAGAAAAGGAGGAGAAGAAAGAGAAGAAAGAAGAAAAGAAGGAGGAGACCGUGAUCGAUGAGCGGAAGACCACAUGGAUCAAGGUUCACCGCAAGCAUCUGCUCCCAGAAACCUUGCUCGCCUAUAAUCUUCCCUGGGACUGGGACGAGGCUGAUAGCAACUACAUAAUCAUCAAGCGAUGGGUCACCGAGGAUUUCCAGGAAGAGCUCUUCGCUCACACCAAGCGGAUCCGCGAGGGCAAGGUCCUCACCCAGACUUCUCAAUCGCAGACCGAGCUCCGGGUCAACGACCGACACAAGGACAAAAUGUUCUUGGUGCGCAAGAAGAGCCCACAGCACCGCUUGCGUGUCUUCGCUUAAUGAGGUCUCGCCUUACUACCAUCUGCUCUCGCCGUU